AUGAGCUCCACCCCGCGUGCAACGCCACAGCGUCUUACGCUGGAGGAAAAAGUGUGGUUUGAUCGACGACGUAAAGAUAUCGAGUAUUGCUCGGGUGUUGGUGGAGCUGUGGGCGCCGCUAUUACCGCUGCAAUCACCAUUCUCGGCCCAUUUCCAAAACGUGUGCAAUUCUUUGCCAUUGCUGGUGGAGUUGUUAUCGGUGGUGGAACAGGAUAUCUCUAUGCUGAUAAUAAAGCAUUGGAAAGAGUGCAAGAUUUGAGUGCCAGCAGUAAUCUGCGUAAACAAUAUCAGCAAAUCGAGAUGGAGAAAAAGGCGGCCAAGACUUCCAAGUAA